AAAUCUACAAUACCAGGAACCUCUCGACACUCACCAAGCCAUUGAACUCCCAACGCGCCUCAACUCCCCUCCGCGCAAUGUCGCCCUCUUCCAUGCGUCUCCUCCGCACAACCCGAGCAUCGAUACGACACCCCAUCUUCCCUCUCUCCCGCCCAAUCGCUCCCCGUCCACCAACCUUCCAAACCUCCCGCCCCGCAUCAACAGCAGCAGAAACCAGCUCCCCCGUCAUCCGACUAAAGAAUUUCUUCUACGGCACCUCGCUGGCUCUCUUCGCAGCAUUCGGAUACCUCUACAUCACCGACACAAGAGCCAGCGUGCACCAAUGGCUCGUCGUGCCCGCGAUCCGCUGGUUCUACCCUGACGCCGAAGACGCCCACUACGUCGGGACCCAGGCCUUAAAAGCGCUCUACUCCUUCAACCUGCACCCGCGCGAACGAGACGGCAGCUCGCGGGACACAAGGGGCGCGGAUCUGAGCGUCACGGUCUUUGGACAGAAGCUGCAUAAUCCCAUUGGGACGUCUGCUGGGAUCGAUAAACUGGGCGAAAUUCCAGACGCGCUGUUUGCGCUUGGUCCAGCGAUUGUUGAGGUCGGGGGCGCGACGCCGGUUGCGCAGGAGGGGAAUCCUAGGCCCAGGGUGUUUAGGAUACCGAGUCAGAAUGUGUUGAUUAAUCGGUAUGGGCUUAAUUCGUUGGGGGCGGAUGAUAUGGCGAGACGGUUGCGGGAACGGGUGCGUUUGUUUGCGUAUAGCAGAGGCUAUGGGGUGGGACAAGAAGCCGAGGAAUUCGUGUUGAGCGGUGGGGCGGGUGUGCCGCCGGGGAGCUUGACGGAGGGGAGAAUGCUGCUGGUUCAGGUUGCGAAGAAUAAGGAUACGAAGGAUGAGGAUAUUGAGGCUGUUAAGAGGGACUACGUCUAUUGUGUGGAAAGGCUGGCUCCUUACGCGGAUAUAUUGGUCGUCAAUGUCAGCAGUCCAAACACGCCCGGUUUACGGACACUGCAAAGAGUCGAACCUCUAACUCGGAUCCUGGAAGGCGUGGUAGGGGCAGCAAAAUCCGUAAAACGGCCCACAACACCCAAAGUCAUGGUGAAAGUCUCACCAGACGAAGACCAAGACGAGCAGAUGGAAGGAAUCGUAGAAGCGAUCUGGAAAAGCGGAGUAGACGGCGUAAUCGUCGGCAACACCACGAAACGAAGACAGAAUCUGAUACCAGCUAACAUCAACUUGACCGCGAAAGAAACAGAGAUCUUGGAUGAACAAGGAGGAUUCUCCGGUCCCCAAAUGUUCGAGAGGACAUUGAACAUGGUGAAACGGUACCGACGGCUCCUUGAUCAGGGACCACCUGUUUCCACCCAGCAAGAGGAGCCAAAAGAGAGCAGCAAACCAGUAGCAGGUAUCUCGUCGGGAGACGAACCAGGCUCCGCAAUCACGGAGAAGAUCGAAUCCGUGAAGGAAGCGUUGACUGCUGCAGCAACACCAGCUCCAAGUUACGAACCAAAAGUUAUUUUCGCCACGGGUGGCAUCACGAAUGGGAAGCAGGCUUUAGAGAUCUUGAAUGCGGGCGCUAGUGUGGCGCAGAUAUAUACCGCUUUGGUUUAUGGUGGCUCGGGGACUAUGACGAGGAUCAAGAAGGAGAUGAAGGAGAAGAUUUCGAAGAAAUAGGACAGAAGUGUAUUAACGUCCAUCCCUGCGUGCCGAAAAAACCGGUGUGCCGAAAAAGAAUUUAUAGUUUAAGGUCUUAAAUCUCCACUAUAUAAAUAUAUAAAGCUAUAAUCUGUUUGCUAUUGCUCUUUAGCUAUUUCUCUAUAAGGGCUUGACUUGUAGUUAGAAAAAUAUUAAAGUUUGGCUAUACU